AAAAUAUUGAUAAGGCCUUUCCAUUCCGUAUCCAACACGAUUAUUAAGAAGUUCUUUAUAAUCGUGGUAUCCAGCAUCAGGCUGUAUAUCGUGCAUACAGCUGAGCAUUCCAGGCUCCAGCACAUCAGUUACACAACUACCACGACGGCAGCACAAAAAAUUACCUAGUGAAAUUUGAAUAGAUAUUAUAUAGAUACCUAAUUUUGAUUAUACUCUUUUCCAUACUCCAUUAUAAUUUAUAUAUACAAAUAUAUUUAUACGAAUAAGGAUAUUUUACCUAUUUACGACUAUAUAUUAUUGUUCUGUACAAUUACUGAGUAUAACCGUGGAUUAUAGCAUUUAGUCUUUAGGUAAUAGAAUUUUGAAGAAUACCAACAAAUUGUGUUUAUUGUUGGAAAAUGACAACCAAAGUAUUUAUUGAAGAACAUUUAGAUAAAUAUCUGAAAAGUUUAGCUAAAGGACAGUUGUUCAUUCCAGGAGUAAUUAUUGGACAAGUCAUAGGUAACAACUAUCAUGUAGUCCACUUAUCAGCAAUGACCAUAUGGAAUGAAGACAUACAAAAUAAUAAAAUUGAUGUUCUGUCCUACAAAACUCUUUCUGAUCUUUUAGCCAAUAGUGAUACAAUAUUCCAAAAAUCUUUAGAAGUAGCGACGUUAUUACCAGGAGGUUCACAUGUACUUGGUUUAUUUUUUAUUGUUCCACAAGAUUUGAAAAGUAUUCAACCAAUAGAUAUUGAUUUUUAUGAAUUCAAUAAUGAAUUAAAUGAAAAUUUGUUAUACAAAAAAACCAAUGAAACAUGGAAUUACUUAAUGCUAAACUAUUCAACUGUUAACAAAAAAUCAUAUUGUUACUCAGUUGAUUUCAACCGUGUAAAUGGUCCUGAAAAAACAACUUAUAAGGCAGUAGAUGCAAUUUUUGGAUCAUUUAAUAAUGAUUGGGUAACUCUUAUUGGAACAUUUAAUUUUGGAGCAUUAGAAAGACUAAAUGUAGGUGGUGGACCAAAAGCUUUAUUUUCUAUUCGUGAUAGUUUAUUAGAUAAAUUUGAAUCUGUAUUAAAUAAAUCAGUCUAUACUUUUAAUGGAUGUGUAUGCGAUGAAAAUAAAACCCUUAAAGAUUUUGAAUGUGAUGAAAUUGAUAAUUUAUUGAAAAAUGUUGUUAAGAUUGAAUUUUACAAAGAGGUUGAUUUGGGUAAUGAAUGUAAAAAUGCUUCACUCAAGGUAAAAAGAGGAAAGGGGAAGAUUUUGAUGUCUGGCCUAUGCAGUGUAGCAGUACCAUUUAAUCGUAAUGGUACAAUUAAGGAUGCCAUAAAGGCUAUUCAUGAAGAUGCCAUGCAGACAUUUGCAACUCGUUUAAAAAUGCAUUUGGAAUCAAUGGUCGAAGAGGAAUCUCUUGAAGAAGAAGAUGGAGAUGCAAAUAUUGUACAUGAAACUCCGCGUCGAAUAUUAAUAAUAAAGACUGAAGGUUCUAGAUUUGCAUUCAGUGAUUAUGUAUUUCCUGGCGAAACUUCCCAAGAAGCAUUAUAUGUGGCUGGAGAAAUAUUGAAUCUUCCUGAAGACAAAAUAGAAUUAUACGAUGUGUUGGAAAAAGGACGACAUUCAUAUUAUGAGACACUGCCAGACAUUGAUAGUAGUCCACCACAAGAUGCAAGUACUUCAACGUCAAAUAAUGGGCUAAUUUAUUUAACGUGGGCCGCUUUGAUAUUGGCUAUCUUAGCAUAUGUUAUCAAACAAAUUUUUGUGUGAGAUAUAUUAAUGGGAAGCAAAUUUAACUGUACAAAAUAACAUUCCUUAAUUUAUUGUUUUAUUUUUUUUUUAAUGUUUAUUAUAAAAAUUGUUGAAAUUAAUAUUAAAACUAAAGUAAUUGUUUUAAAAAAUGUACUUUUAAAAUGUUGAAUUUGGCCGAUUAUAGAAUUAAUAUAAGGUGUUUAUACUUGUUUAUACUCUAUUCAGAAUAAGAUUGAACCACUUUUGCGCUUGCAGACUGAUCCGCCAAACAGUUCCUGACCCCCCAUACGAUGGCUAUACUUUCUGUGAUUGGCCGACAGUCAACGUCGGGCGCUUGUGCUAACAUUCUCACCAAUGGCCAAAUUGUGGUGGGGAUGCGCGGAAAAAACGUGUUUUGGUUGGCCGAGUGGUUCAAUCUUGUUCUGAAUUGAGUAAAUUGAGUAUAGUAAAUCAUGCACACUAAUUAUAAAUGGUAAACAAUAUUAAAUUGUACACUUUCUAAUAUCUAUUUCUAUUAAAUAAAAAUUUGCUUAUUUUCUUUAUAGUCUAUACGACAAAUAUUAGAGCAGUAAAAUAAUUAAAGCAAAUCUUAAAACAUUUUAGGCAGGUGCAGAACUAGACAUUUUUUGGGUGGAGUGAAAUUUUUUUUUGAAUAAUUACAAUUCAAAUUUUAGUUCAUAACAGAUAAUAUAAGAUAUUUUGAUAACAAUA